AGCAAGCAGCCAGCCAAGCCAGCGGCACUUCUCUCCGGACACGCCACCGACAGUUCCAGUCUCUCCGUCACCAUGAACGCGGUUGCUGCCGGAUCAAGCUCCCCUGUGCCUUCUUCCAAGCCCAAGGCCAAGCCCAUUUCGCCGACGGCCAAGGGGAUCUGGUCGCUCGAGGAGCAUGACCGCUUCCUUGAGGCCAUGAAGCUCUACCCCAAGGGUCCGUGGAAGAGCAUCGCCGACCACAUCGCCACUCGCUCCGUGCGCCAGGUGCAGACCCACGCGCAAAAGUAUCAGGAGAAGGUGUCGCGCCGCCUGCGUGGACUGCGCAAGUCGAAGAAAAAACUCGUGCGCCCCGAGCACCGCAUCGACGACGACACCAUGGAGCUGUGCAAGCUGGUGGACUGCGCGGCGGAGAAACUUGUAGCAGCAAGCAAGAAGUCGUCGUCGCGAGCCAGUGGACCCAAGCUCGAGCCGCUACAGAAGAAGAACCUGGUGAAGGAGGAGCCCGCCGAGGCGCAUAGCAGCCCGCGCGGUACCGACGUGGAGAUGAAGACUGAUGACUUCUUGCCGCUGCCGUUCCUCGACUUUGGCGAUGACAUCGACCUGGAUCCCGUCCACAUCCCAACGGUGAGCGAGUCACUAGACUUCCUGAUCGACUACCUGUCGAUAUAACCUCCUGCAGCUGGGGAUCAGUUGCUAUUAGUUCGGUAGCGACGGGAUAGACCCGUCAUUAUUUGGUGAGGUAUCCGUGAACGAGCCCCUCGUUCCACGCGAGGUGGCUUCAUAUUUAUAUCAUAAAGAGGAACCAAUACAAGCCUUUAUCAAUGGGGAGGACGUGUCGACGGAGCAGCUUGGACGGACGGCCACGGAACGCGGCUGGAGACCCGAGUUGAUCCCCGACACAGCAGCCCCCGCUUGAUCCUUCG